CUCCAUCGGCGCACAUCCCGGUGCCAGCGCACAGAGCCCCCCAAGGAAGAGCCCGGCUGGAUGAAGUCAUGGCUGCCGCAGCCCUUACAAGCCUGUCCACCAGCCCCCUCCUGCUGAGGCCCCCCGCUACAGCCUUUAGCACAGAGGCCUGCUUGGAGCCCUGGCCCGAGACCCUGGCACAGCCAGCAGGCAGUUACAGCAGCAGCAGCGGGGACUGGGGCUGGGACCCGGCCAGCGGGCAGUGCUCUCCCUUCUCCCCAUCGCCCCCACUGCCCCUGGAGGCAGCCUUCCUGUUUGGGGAGCCUGCCCCUCGGAAAAGAAAGAGCUCGGUGCAGGUCCUAUUCCAGUGUCUGUGGAAGCGCUGUGGGAAGGUGCUGAGCACGGCCUCCGGGAUGCAGAGACACAUCCGCCUGGUGCACCUGGGGCGGCAGGCAGAGCCAGAGCAGAGUGAUGGCGAGGAGGACUUUUACUACACGGAGCUGGACAUUGGACUGGAGGUGCUGACUGAUGGGCUGUCCAGCCUGACCCCGAUGUCCCCCACGGCCUCCCUGCCACCCACUUUCCCCCACCUAGAGCUGCCGGAGCCCACAGCCUUGCCCAGCCUGCUGCACCCACUUGCCUUGCCCUCACCCCAGGUGCUGAGCUCUGAGGCGCCCCCCCAGGUGUGCCACAGUGACCACUCCUACCAGGGCUGCCUGGCACCCACCCGGCUGCAGCCACAGCCCAACACAGUCCAGGACUGCGUGCCAGCCCUGUCCUCCAAGCUUAGUGCCAAUCUGAGGAAGCCCCGAGGUGACGCCAAGAAGUGCCGGAAAGUGUAUGGCAUGGAGCGCCGGGACCUGUGGUGCACAGCCUGCCGCUGGAAGAAGGCCUGCCAGCGCUUCCUGGAUUGAGCCCUGCCGUCCUGCCUCCAGGAUCCUUGAUGGAGGAAAUAAGCUGCACCCACCCCCUGCCUGGGGCCUCUCCUAGCUGCAGGGUCUGCUUUUUAAUGGGGAAGGGGUCGUCAGUGACCCUGGACCCCCAGAGGUGGGGGAGGGCCCCACCACUCAAAGUGCCUCUGAGAAACCAGUCUUUCGCACUAAAGCCACACUGCCCUGGGGUGGCUGCCCUCCCUGACUGUCCUUGAACUUGUCAAGGGUCCUGAUAGGCCCAGCUUCAAGGCCACGUGGGAGCCAGACCUGGAUGCACUUUGAGGGAGGUCAAGAGGGACCUCCCCCGCUGCACUUAUCCUGAUGGUUCAAGGGCCCCCGGGCUGACAUUUGUACUAUGUUUUUGAAGCUCAGGUGUCACGUCUGGGCUGCACCAGGCGAGGAGAAAAAUUAAAGAUUUGGGGUUUUUCCAGAA